AUGCCGCCCCAGACACCGACGCCGAUCCUGAAGGAGGUUGUUGUGGCAGCAUGGCGAAACAAUGCGGACGAUCUAUGCGGUCUUGGAUGCGCGACUCCUUUCAACGAACAGGAUCCCAAUCUAAUGUUCACGGUAUUGCUUGAUGAACGCAAGGAAUGCAUAUUUGCAAGAUUGGGGUUGUCUGUUAUGGUCAAAGGAGGAGGCAGCCGCAAGCAGAGAUGUUUUGACUUCGUGGUGCCCCUUCACGCGUGUAGUGCCGAUGGCCCGUCAAUCAACUAUAACACCGUCAAUGUUUCUGAAAUCGAGGACGAGUCCAUCAAAGCCGCCAUCAGCGCUGCGCGAUUGCCUAAAUCUGGUCAACUCAUUCGCGUCAACUUUAUUCUUAGCCAGCACGGUGAGGUAGUUACACCUUGGAAAGAAGAAGCCCGUUUCUCAACCUGCUCCGACACUUCGCUCGACCUUCUGUGCGGUCUCUUCUCCCUCUCCGACUCGAGAGAGUUCGACCUCUACAUGUGCCCGAGCGGGUAUGCUCGAGCCGGCUUGACCACCAUCAAGAAUUUGCUGCAGGGAGAGCUUCAAGAGUGGUCCCCGAAAGCAACGGGUGUUUACGGAGGUCGGAACGUGAUGACAGUCGAUCGGGAACACGUCGAAAGUGGUCGGAAGCCUCGAAACCGUCAGAAAACCCGAACCACGACUAGUGCUGUCGAGCAUAACUCCGUAUUAAUGGAGGAGCCUCCGCCAUAUGAUCCAGCCAAGACUCAUGUACCACGAUCACCACCCCCAGACAUCUUCCAACGCCUCGCAUCUCCUACCAAUUCUUUCUUGGCCGAAGAUUCAGCCCUCUCCGACCCUGGAUCCAUUCCUGAAAAGGGCAAUCGCAAGGGCAAACGUAAACGCUCAGACGAGGAGCGGGAAGCUGUUAGACAGGCUCUCACUUGCCGCCUUGAAAAGUGGCUUUGCCUUGCUUUUAGGGAAAACGACCGCGUAUACGAACACGUCAUCCUCAAGCCAUUCUUCGAUGAGACGGCUCCAACCUGCGUUGACGAGUGUGACACUGACAAAUUCAACGUCGGCAUCGCCUUUGCAACCGCAGUACUCGCCUGCGACCCGCAUGGUAACUGCGAUUUGUACUGGGACCAUAAAGAAAGAUUCUUCGAGAUCGUGGACGACAUGCGAGCCCUGAUUCUGUGGUCUUUGCAACGAAAUGAGAGUAGCGAAAUUCUCCCAUGGCGUAAACUCAUGGACAUGGGCGAAGCCGCCCGGACCCUGUUGCGAACCGGCGAGCGGGAUGGAUAUGAUACGAUCAAGGCUCAGAUCACCGCUAGAUGCGUUCUGGAGGGGCCCGUACGAUAG